CACUAUCGAUAACUGCAACGCGCACGGCAACUCUAGUUAUCAUGAGGAAGAAGAGGAGGAUAUCAACUUUUGGAGACGAAAUUUUGUAAAGUUUAGCUUAAAAAAUGUAAAUUGCAAUGAACUAAGCUCUGUAAAUAGUGCAAUGCAACGUAAACGUACACAACACGCACUGCGCAUGUGAACGGGGUGCGCGGGAAAAAGCGGAUCGCGCCGCAACGGCAACAUCAGAAAUAACAACAACAACAACACAGUUAAAUCGUAUCCAAUUGCAAGUUGCAUUCGCAACUAGAUGCAUCUUAUAGCAUAAAACCCAAAUACUAGUUAGCCAAACAAGUGAAAGUGAUAAAGAGUGCGCGCCUGGCACAGCGAUAUAAUAUGGAACAGGUCGACUCCUCAACCGAGCUGCACCUGAAUAGGAAAGAUCUAGCCGCGCUGACCGACGACGUGCGCGACGUUGUGAAGGAAGAGGUGAUACUAGAGAGUCCGGGCCAUCACCACAAUCACCAUCAGUUGGACUCAAAGGUUCGCAUGGUCACAUCCUCCUCGAACGACAACAGCGGCAGCGGCGGCGGUGCUUCUGGCGGCGGAGCAGGCGGUCCUGGUACUGCGGGAGGCGGCGGAGGCGUUGUAUCUGUUCCAGUCUCACUGCCCAUCGGAUCAAUGAUAACCGGCACCACCUUUAAUGUGAUCACGCCCGACCAGCUGCCCCACUUUAAGCCGAUGCUGUGCGUCGAUAACAAUGGCUACCUGUCUGGCAGCACAGUCAGUAUGGGCAACGACCUCAAGACGAUCGUUAUCCAGCAGCAGACGCAGCCCGGUGCCGGCGGUGGUGGAGCUGGUGGCGGCGGGAACGGCGGCGCCAACAGUGCAGGCACCAACACAACCGCCACCAAUACCAUCGGUCUCAAUCACGAUGGCUCCGGGAGCAACAACAGCCACGACAGCCUUGCCACACUGGAGCACACGCACACUGGGGCAGGUAAUGGCGGGGCCGGUGGAGGCGGCGGCGGCGGCAAUACAGGCUCCACCGGCUGGCAAGAGAACUCGUCCACCCAGCACAUGGAGGUCUUCCAGAUCCGAUGCAAAACCACCUGCGCCGAGCUCUACCGCAGCAAGCUGGGAUCCGGCGGUCGUGGACGGUGCGUUAAAUACAAGGAUAAAUGGCACACGCCCAGUGAAUUCGAGCAUAUAUGCGGCCGGGGCUCUAGCAAGGAUUGGAAGAGAUCCAUUAAGUACGGAGGGAAGUCGCUUCAGUCCCUCAUAGACGAGGGAACGCUCACGCCGCACGCGACCAACUGCAGCUGCACGGUCUGCUGUGACGACGAAGCAGGUGAGUCAGCAUCCGGUCCAGUGCGUCUCUUCACGCCCUACAAGCGACGGAAGCGAAAUCAAACCGAUCUCGACAUGGAGCCUGGACCAAAACGCAAGAGGAAUACCCAUCACAGCAACAACAACAAUAGCAACACUAACAACAACAAUACGAGCGGAAGCGGCGCCAACAACAGUGUCGACGUUUCUGCUGCUGUAGCAGCGGCAACUGCCAAUGUUGUGGACGAGAAUAACAUGUUCCUGGAGGAGAACAUCACGUCAAAGGACGAACCGUGGGCGGAAUUGAACGACAGCCUGGGCACCUCCACCGAACUGGUCGACCAGUCGCAGAUGGGGAAUACCUACGAGCGCGAAACGUAUGUGGUGAACAUUAACGACGGGUCCUCCAUCGCCGUCCUGGACACUAGCCAAUCGUUGAAAAACAUUGAGCACGUCUACUGCACAAUGGUGAAGGCGACCAACGACUUCAAGCGCCUGCUGAACGACAUGAAACAGACCUACGAGCGCCGCAUAGAGGUCCUGCAAAAGGAGCGCGACGCAGCGGUGAGUGCGAUGCGUGUCCAGGUGCACGCCGAUAUCGACGAUCCCAAUAUAUCUGGCUCCCUGCAUGGCAACGAGAUCAUAUCCGCAAAGAAGUGCGCCAACUGUAAUCGAGAAGCUCUGGCAGAAUGCUCCCUGUGCCGGAAGACGCCGUAUUGUUCAGAAUUCUGCCAGCGCAAGGAUUGGAAUGCUCAUCAGGUGGAGUGCACAAGAAAUCCACAAACGACAACGCAACAGGUUAUGCUGUUGAUCGAUGAUCAGUCCUAAGGAACGUAACGAAUUGUACAUACAAAUUUUACUACUAAAUAAUACGAUUAUAUAAAGUUCCCCUCAA